GCUCGAGCGUCGGAAGAAGGCACUUGGCCGGUUCCGCCUGUUGCCUCUACAUCCAGACGACGUAGUAGUAGUCAUCCUACCCAUCUCCCUCCUCUGUGGUUGCCCUCGAGAGCUCCUUGACUCACAGCCAUCUUCGACUGUCUUUGGCGAACCUUGCACGAGCACGAAAGAGGUCGGAAAGCUCAGCCUUAGCGUCGGCUACGCACAGUGCAAGGCAAGGAUGCCUCUCCUAGAUCAGCUCGCCAGUACCCUCGAGGCCCGCAGACAAAAGGGAACACUUCGGCGCCUCACCAGCUUUAAUCCCACGACUAUAGCGACGCCAAAGGCUCUUCUCCAGGCGUCUUCAUCGUCUUCAUCUCCCUCUCCCUCUUCGACAAUCGCCUCGACUUCCACUCUCGCCGACUUCUCCUCAAACGACUAUCUCUCCAUUGCCACUUCUUCACAGCUCAAGGAGGCCUUUGUCAGGAGAGUUCUGCGCCCGGAGGCUCGAGUAGGGGGUAGUACGGGUAGUCGUUUGCUGGACGGAAAUAACGGUGGAGAAAUCGACGAGCUCGAAGCACGGCUCUGCGACUUUUUCAACGCCUCCUCCUCCCUGCUCUGCCCCUCCGGCUGGGAAGCCAAUGUCUCCCUCUUCUCUUCUCUUCCCCAAGAGGGCGACAUCGUCCUCUACGACUCGCUCAUCCACGCCAGCGUCCACGAUGGAAUGAGACGAUCCCGUGCGCACUGUCUCUCUUUUGAGCACAACGAUCUUGUCGACUUCGAGCAGAUACUCGAUGGGCAGGUCCUGCCUUUCCUGCGGGAGACUGGCGGGAACCUCUUCUUGGCAGUCGAGGCGCUCUACUCCAUGGACGGGGACUUCUCUCCACUCCCAGAGCUCAUAGCGAUUGCCAAACAGAGGGACAUCCUCGUCAAUGGUACCGGCAGAUUCUGGGUCGUGGUGGAUGAAGCGCAUUCCUGUGGAUGCUUCGGAGAGGCAGGCCAGGGAAUGUGUCAGGAGUGGGGGGUGGGCGCAGCUGCCGACGCAGCAGGGGAGGAGGACAGUGUGAUACGAGUUGCGACGUUUGGAAAGGGAUUUGGUGUCGCCGGAGCGGCCAUUCUUUGUCCACCACUCAUCCGCCAGUACCUCAUCAACUACGCCCGUCCACUGAUCUUCUCGACGGCCCAGGCGCACGCCUCGCUUCACCUCAUCCAUGCAGCACUGGACGUCCUGCAGUCCCCCGAUGGGUCGAGGAGACGUGCUCGUCUAGCGCAGAAUUGCGAAUUGGUGCGCACAACGCUUCAAGAGGCACUAGGCCGGCAAGAAGAUCUGCCCCUCGUGCGGGCAGUAUGCAAUGCAGCCCUUGAGGACUCUGCGGCAGGUAUACACGAGCCUCCUCGUCCUCAACGACGACGACGACGACGGCCCUCUCCAAUCAUUCCUCUUCUCACGCCGCACGCGCACACCCGGCCCCUCGCCGCCCACCUGCAAGCGCAGGGCUUUCUCGUGCGACCUAUCACCUACCCUACCGUGCCCCGCGGGAGAGACCGGGUACGCAUCUGCGUACAUGCGGACAAUACUGCCGAGGAGAUCCGCGGGUUGGGGAGGGCGGUGAGAGAUUGGGUUGAGGGGAUGCGGAAGAGAGAGGCGGGAGGGUCAGAGAUAGGGGAGGCAGGGUUGAAAGCCAGGGGAGGAAGGGAUGCAGAGCUGCGUUUGCACAGAGGGACAGGCGGGGAACGGACCAGUCGCUUGUGA